UUACUAAUUUUAGGGCACCCAGAAUCUAGUGCAGCUGUGCAUGGUCAGUUUCUAACUUCAGCAUGCACAGUUAAAGUGUUACUACACCCAGGACCCUGCAUUCACUAUAUCUCUUCUCUCACAGACCCUGCAUUCACUAUAUCUGGUUUCGCACAGUACACAGAACAUGGAAGUGCAAUUAUUUUAGUAAAUAUAAACUGCUAAAUGCUUUUUCUAAUCAGCAGUAUAUUGCAGUCUUGUGACUUCUAUCAGCGUCCGGCUGAGUACUGGUUAUUCUUGUAUGAGGAGUUUUCAUUCUCCCCU